CAAUUAUAAUUUUAGAACUUAAAGGCGUCUCAUUCAACACGAGGGUGUUUGUAACCUCAAAGUUAGUCAUCAAACAUUGAUGAAGCUUCCCUAUAAAUAACCAGGAGCAUCUGCGUCUGCCGCUGAUGGCUCCUCCCCCGGCACCUGUAAAUCUGCGAUGCCAUCUUCUAACAAAUGGAUGAGACAGGCGCGCGCUGGAGCCGGAAAACCUCCGCCGUUCGUAAUGCCAGAACGUUUCUUUAAAGGAUGAACGUCAAUUUCCCAGCGUCAUUAUAGGCGGUGGAGCACAUUCAACAGUGCGGAGCUCCACAGGAACCUGAGGAUCCACUGGCAGCAGGACGCGCAGCAGAACUGUCAGGACGUUUCCGUGACUAAACUGGUAUUUACAUUUGUGUUUUUCUUUUUUGGAGGCAUCCAUUUACGCAAGCUAUAGUCGUGAACGCGCAUGGUGAAGCGCGCCGCUUGACGCCUUGAUUUGAAAAGAAGUUUCCAUUCCUGCCUGGCUUCGACUCCAACUUCCCCAUCCUCGCCCGCGGUGGAGCCGCACGAGCCGGCGGGGCUGAGCGCAGGAGAUGCGUGAGCCGCUGGGGCGUCGCGAGGCGCUGGCUGGACCUCCCCGACGCGCCUGAAUCCCACCUGACUGCCGGUUCGGGAAGGGGGGCUGCCUGUUGAGCAGGGCUCGAUCAUGUCGAACAAUAUGGAUAAAUUCAGCCCGUCGGUGCACAUGUCCAAGAUCAACGUGGUCAUCCCCUAUUCAGCCGAUAUGUUGUGUGACAGCAACGGCCAGCGGAUGUGGUGGGCUUUCUUAGCCUCGUCCAUGGUCACUUUCUUCGGGGGACUCUUCAUAAUCCUCCUGUGGAGAACUCUGAAGUAUCUGUGGACUGUGUGCUGCCACUGUAAAGCCAAAAAGAAGGAGGUCCAUCGGAUCACCACAGGGGAACACAUCAAGCGUGUGGACAAAGAUGACAGUGCAGCCAGCGAGGUGGGCUGGAUGACCUCGGUCAAAGACUGGGCUGGAGUCAUGAUAUCCGCUCAGACGCUGACGGGAAGAGUCCUGGUGGUGCUUGUGUUCGCUCUCAGCAUUGGAGCCCUUGUAAUAUACUUCAUCGAUUCCUCAGACCCCAUUGAGUUCUGCAAAAACUUCUAUUCGGAUUUCACGCUGCAGAUCGACAUGGCGUUCAACAUCUUCUUCCUGCUGUAUUUUGGCCUCCGAUUCAUCGCCGCCAACGACAAGCUGUGGUUCUGGCUGGAGGUCAACUCAGUGGUGGACUUCUUCACGGUUCCCCCGGUGUUUGUAUCAGUGUACCUGAACAGGAGUUGGCUUGGUUUGAGGUUUUUAAGGGCCUUGAGGUUGAUACAGUUCUCAGAAAUUUUACAGUUUUUAAAUAUACUCAAGACAAGCAACUCGAUAAAGCUGGUAAACUUGUGUUCCAUCUUCAUAAGCACAUGGCUGACCGCGGCAGGCUUCAUUCAUUUGGUGGAAAACUCUGGGGAUCCUUGGGAGAACUUCCAAAACUCCCAGGCACUUUCCUACUGGGAAUGUGUCUACUUACUCAUGGUUACAAUGUCCACUGUUGGCUAUGGAGAUGUUUACGCUAAAACCACCCUCGGCCGCCUGUUUAUGGUGUUCUUCAUCCUUGGUGGUUUGGCCAUGUUUGCAAGCUACGUCCCUGAAAUCAUAGAGUUAAUAGGAAACCGCAAGAAAUAUGGUGGUUCCUAUAGUGCAGUUAAUGGGAGAAAGCACAUCGUGGUCUGCGGUCAUAUAACACUCGAGAGUGUGUCCAACUUCCUAAAAGACUUCCUACACAAGGACAGGGAUGAUGUCAAUGUAGAAAUCGUUUUUCUCCAUAAUAUUUCCCCUAAUCUUGAGCUGGAAGCCUUGUUCAAGCGCCAUUUCACCCAGGUAGAGUUUUACCAAGGAUCUGUCCUGAACCCACACGACCUGGCCAGAGUCAAGAUCGAGUCAGCGGACGCCUGCCUAAUCUUAGCCAACAAAUACUGUGCUGACCCCGACGCCGAGGACGCGUCCAACAUCAUGAGAGUCAUAUCCAUCAAGAACUACCACCCAAAGAUCAGAAUAAUCACUCAGAUGUUGCAGUACCACAAUAAGGCUCACCUGCUCAACAUUCCAAGCUGGAACUGGAAGGAGGGAGAUGACGCCAUUUGCCUUGCAGAGCUAAAGCUGGGGUUCAUUGCCCAAAGCUGCCUUGCUCAAGGCCUGUCCACCAUGCUGGCAAACCUUUUCUCCAUGAGGUCUUUCAUCAAGAUUGAGGAGGACACGUGGCAGAAGUAUUAUCUAGAGGGAGUCGCCAACGAAAUGUACACAGAGUACCUGUCGAGUGCCUUCGUGGGUUUGUCCUUCCCUGUGAUUUGCGAACUGUGCUAUGUGAAGCUAAAACUGCUGCUCAUAGCUAUAGAAUACAAGUCAGACCAAAGGGAAAGCAGCACCCUGAUCAACCCUGGUAACCACGUCAAAAUGCAGGAGGGGACUCUGGGAUUCUUCAUCGCCAGCGACGCCAAAGAAGUAAAAAGAGCUCUGUUUUACUGUAAGGCGUGUCACGAUGACAUAACUGAUCCGAAAAGGAUAAAGAAAUGUGGAUGCAAGAAAUUGAUUUAUUCCAAGACGUCUGCCCACAAGAAAAUGAGACUGGCAUGUUGUUUUGGUUGCGGCCGCUCUGAGCGGGGCUGCUGUUGCAUGCCACUUAAUGUGCAUUGUAACUCGGACUCCCCUCGACGGGACAUCCCCCUCUCUGCUGUCUCUGUUAAUGAUUGCUCAGCCACUUUACGUGCCUCUAAAAAUAGCUAUAAUGGAUAUAUCAAAUCAAUUGAGGAGGACCGACAGUCAGCUCUGUCGCCCAAAAAGAAGCAACGCAACGGAGGCAUGAGGAGUUCUCCGAACUCCUCACCCAAAAUAAUGAGACACGAUCCGCUCCUCAUCCCAGGGAGUGAACAGAUUGAGAGCAUGGAUGAGAACGUAAAGAAAUACGACUCCACGGGGAUGUUUCACUGGUGCCCAUCCAGAGACAUUGAGAAGGUCAUCCUGACUCGGAGUGAGGCCGCCAUGACUGUUCUGAGUGGUCACGUGGUCGUGUGCAUAUUUGGAGACGUCAAGUCCGCUUUGAUCGGACUUCGGAAUUUUGUAAUGCCCCUGAGAGCAAGCAACUUCCACUAUCAUGAGCUGAAGCACAUUGUGUUCGUCGGGUCCCUCGAGUAUCUGAAGCGGGAGUGGGAAACUUUGCAUAAUUUCCCAAAAGUCUCCAUUCUGCCAGGCACACCGUUGAGUCGGGCAGAUCUGAGGGCCGUCAACAUCAACCUGUGCGACAUGUGCGUCAUUCUGUCAGCCAAUCAAAACAAUAUCGAUGAUGCAUCACUACAGGACAAAGAGUGCAUUUUGGCGUCACUUAACAUCAAAUCCAUGCAAUUUGACGACAGCAUCAGAGUCCUGCAGGCCAAUUCCCAAGGUUUCACUCCACCAGGGAUGGACAGAUCGUCUCCAGAGAACAGCCCAGUUCACGGUUUAGUACGGCAAACCUCCGUCACCACUGGAGCCAAUAUUCCCAUCAUAACAGAACUGGCACCGUUAGCAAAGCAGGGCAAAAAACUGCCUGUGAUUUCAUUCAGUCAGGAUAAAAGCAGUGGGACCAGCAUUCAAAUGAUUACUGAGCUGGUUAACGACUCCAACGUGCAGUUCCUGGACCAAGACGACGACGACGAUCCAGACACAGAGUUGUACCUCACUCAGCCUUUCGCCUGCGGGACGGCGUUCGCGGUCAGCGUGCUGGACUCGUUAAUGAGCGCUACAUACUUCAAUGAUAAUAUCCUCACCUUGAUCCGGACGUUGGUAACAGGCGGCGCCACGCCAGAGCUGGAAGGGUUACUGGCGGAGGAGAAUGCAUUAAGGGGAGGUUACAGCACGCCACAGACACUGGCGAACAGGGACAGGUGUCGCGUGGCACAGCUGGCCUUGUACGACGGGCCCUUUGCCGACCUUGGGGAUGGUGGUUGUUAUGGCGACCUGUUUUGUAAAGCCCUUAAAACGUACAAUAUGCUGUGUUUCGGCAUUUAUCGACUCCGAGAUGCACAUCUGAACACACAGAGCCAGUGUACGAAACGGUACGUCAUAACUAAUCCGCCGUAUGCAUUCGAGCUGGUGCCCUCGGACCUGAUUUUCUGCCUGAUGCAGUUUGAUCACAACGCCGGCCAAUCGCGAACCAGCCUUUCCCACUCUUCUCAUUCGUCACAUUCUUCAAGCAAAAAAAGCUCGUCCGUACACUCUAUCCCAACCACCAACCGCACCAACCGCAUCAAAAACAGGGACUCAAGAGACAAGCAAAAUGCAACAAGGAUGAAUAGAAUAAGCCAAGAAAAGACAUGGUUUACAGAUGAGCCAGACAAUGCCCACCUGAGGACCAUGCAGCUGAAGCCUGUGAACGCGCUCGCCGUCAACCAAACCAGUCACAAUAAGUCCACAAGCAGCUUGAUUCCACCCAUCAGAGAGGCAGAGGACGAGUGUUGACCUCCAUCCUCACGGGACAAAACAUCAACUCCCAUUUGACCAACUCUUCCCCCUCUUCGCCCGUCUCCAAAUCAAAGACAAUCCAGUUUCCACGUCUAUUCGUUUACUCUGCUUCUCUUUGGCUGUGAUUCUGUUCCGUUUCCUUUUGGGGAAUGAGGGUCACUUGGGUUGGGAAGCAUUUCCUGCUGUUAUUAUUCAAAGGGGAGAAUGACUCACACGUGUAAAAGUUGCCUUUUUAGCUGUCCACAAACAACAACUGUAUGAUAUUCACCCUGCACUGCAGAGUACAGUAGUUUCAUUUAAAUUCUGCAUCCAGCUGCACCCCCCACCCCAACCACAAUGGCAUCGUUGCUGAUUUCUUUGCCAUUUUGAGCUAAUUCACAACAUUUGUGAUAGUUAUGACGGCCAGUGCCCAUGUUUAAGUGGCAUUUGGCUCCAGCCUUAUCUCUCUAGCUUUCUUUGUCUUAUGUAAGCCUUUGCUAUUUUAUAUACUGUAUAUUUUUUUGUUGCAAUCCCCCCAAAAAUCUGCUUUUUUUCUCUCUUGUAGCCAAAUAUGAUAGAGCUGUUUUGUUAAUUUAUUUCAUUAUUAAGUAAAAAUUAAAAAACAUGUUUUAGUUUCUGUAGGCAAUUGAAUGUGAAAGCCACGAAUCGCAUGAAGUGGGCACCUUAAAGUCCUCCUUUGGCUAUGAGCACUGCCUGACACAGGAUUGUCUUGGAGGUCAUGAGGCAACUUGAAUGUACUCCAUGACCAAUCUUAAUGCCAUACUCACACUUUUUUCCUUUUUUUUUUAGAUGUUCAAAAACAGCUCUAUCAUAAAUUUGGUUGUUCAUGCUUAAUCGACUGCUUUGUGUUGCGAUUUUGUGUUUCAAUGUAUGCAAAGGGUGGUUCAUAUGGAUCAUGUCUUAUUUUAAUAAUGGAACAUAGCUAUAUUGGCACUUUUGUCACUUUAUUUCAGACAAGAAACAAAAAAAAGUUACAAAAACUUAAAUCUUGUGAAGAUUGUGACAUUUUUACUGGCACAAAGAACAUUGAAGCUGCUCAUCUCUCAGUGCCAGUAAUGUGCCAGGCAGUGCUGAAGCCACUGGAGGACUCCACCAAGACCCACUGCUGCGAAAAGAGGCUUCCUGUUUCGCUUUUUCUCCACACAAAGCUGUUUUUUUAAAUUUUCUUUUUUCCUGGAAACAACCACACGCUGUAAUUCAUCCGAAAGUCUUAAUACCGUCUUUGAAACAUCCACCAAAAUGAAAACAAGCAAUGCAUUCUUAUGUAAAUCUGUAGAGGUUUAUGUAAAGUAUCUCUGUUGUGUGUUCUUGUUGGAUGGGGGUUGAGAGACAUUAAGCUUUGCAGAUGACUAUAAACUAUUUUGUGCAUUUUUUUUUCUAAACACGGUGACUUCUCAAUACCAUGGUUGUCCUAAGCUAAUAUUUAUGUUGUAACACACAAUAAUUGCAGUUUCUCAUCUUGUACAAAUGGGCUUGUACAUAAAUUUUACAUGAUUUCGUUUUGUAUUUUCACAAGUUAAAAGCAGAUGUAUCGUGUUCUACAA